ACUAAGAGAGAGAGGGAGAAACGAGAUUUAAUAGAGAGAGAAAGCAACGAAUUUAACGAGAAUUUUCUUCUAAUUUGAGCAGCUCAAGUUGCAGAUAAGAGGAAAGCGUAGCUGCCAUGGCGAGAUUCCUUCUUCUCCUGCUCUUUGCCCUUCACAUAAGGGCCAAACCGUUAGCCGCUAGAGCAGAGGCUUUCCAGGAUGCUGAAGCUGUGGCAUCAAUGGUGGAGAGGAGCAUCUGGAACAGCUCGAGAAGGGCGCUAGGCUACCUCGAUUGUGGCACAGGCAACCCCAUUGACGAUUGCUGGCGCUGUGACCCGGAUUGGGCCCUCCACCGUAAGCGACUCGCCGAUUGCACUAUCGGCUUCGGAAAGGAUGCAAUCGGGGGGCGAGACGGCCGCUAUUACACAGUCGUGGACCCCAGCGAUGAAGACCCCAUCACACCCAAGCCGGGCACCCUGCGCUAUGCAGUUAUCCAGGAUGAGCCCCUCUGGAUCAUGUUCCAGAGGGACAUGGUCAUCCAGCUUAAGCAAGAACUCAUAGUUAAUAACUUCAAGACCAUUGAUGGUCGUGGAGCUAGUGUCCAUAUAGCUGAUGGUGCAUGCAUUACCAUCCAAUAUGUGAGCCAUGUCAUCAUACAUGGGUUGCACAUACAUGGCUGCAAGCCUACUGGGAAUGCCAUGGUGAGGAGCUCGCCGAGACAUUAUGGAUGGAGGACAAUGGCAGAUGGGGAUGGAGUGUCGAUAUUUGGGUCGAGCCAUGUAUGGGUCGAUCAUUGCUCGCUGUCCGAUUGUGCGGAUGGGCUUGUGGAUGCGAUCAUGGGAUCCACGGCGAUCACCAUCUCCAAUAAUCAAUUCAACCAUCAUGAUAAGGUGAUGUUGCUAGGUCAUAGUGAUUCUUACGAGUUGGACAAAGGCAUGCAAGUGACCAUUGCCUUUAACCAUUUUGGAGAAGGCCUGGUCCAAAGAAUGCCAAGGUGUAGACAUGGGUAUUUUCAUGUGGUGAACAAUGACUACACACAUUGGGAGAUGUACGCCAUUGGUGGGAGCGCAUCCCCCACCAUUAAUAGCCAGGGCAACAGAUAUCUUGCACCUACUAACCCAUUUGCUAAAGAGGUCACUAAGAGGGUGGAUACUUUAAGUGGCGUUUGGAAAGACUGGAAUUGGAGAUCGGACAGGGAUAUGAUGUUGAAUGGGGCAUUCUUCACACCCUCGGGCACUGGAGCAUCCACUGUCUAUGCCAAGGCUUCCAGUCUAGGGGCCAAGUCUUCAUCCAUGGUGGCCUCUAUGACUUCCAAUGCUGGCGCUCUCUUCUGCAAAAAGGCCCACCCUUGCUAACCCCACAAACCGAACUCUCUCUCUCUCUCUGACUUUGAGGGAAAAAUUAGAUGUCUUUUUAUGUAUCCUACCGAAAGAGAUAUCUGUUAAUUUAGUCUCAUAUUUUUGAUUGGCAUGUGUAUAUAACGGCCACUAGAUGAAGAUAUCAAAGGAAGCACAAAGAAACUCUCGUAACAUAAAAUCGAA